GGCGUUUGGUGGUACUCAAGCUCCGGCACAAUUUCUCCGACAAGCCGGGGGGAGAGGUGCAGGAAGCCCGGGGUCUGAGGAUGGAGCAAUUUUAGGAGAUAACGACGAGCUCCCCCGUCGGAGAUAAGAAAACAGACCCAUCUACAUGACCAAAGAAAGAAGACCGGCCCCCAGAAACGUAAGCGUAACAAUCAUGCAAUUUAAAUACAGACGAAUUUAAGCAACCGCUUCCUCUUCAAGGUUACACCUCCCUGAAGACGCCCCAAGCAUCCCCCUCCCUUUAAUAACCGAUCAGCUGGCGUAAGGUCGGUUGAUCAUCACCGGUCCCGACCAUGUCCGUGGAUGAGCAGAGCUACCCCGACGUGACGCGCUGGCUUCAGGCCGCGCCGCAGUGGGUGCAGGCCGAGAUCGAGCGUCUCUCCCGGGAGCUGGGGGAGACCACGAGCGAGAAGAUCCGCGCGGCGCAGUACGGGCUGGCGGUGCUGGAGGAGAAGCAGCAGCUCAAGCAGCAGUACGAAGACCUGGAGAUCGAGUACGAGGCCGUCAAGCAGGAGGUCGACCAGCUGAAAGAGGCCUUCGGACAAGCCUACUCCAACCACAGGAAGGUGGCGGCGGACGGGGAGAGCCGGGAGGAGUCUCUGCUGCAGGAGUCGGCCUGUAAGGAGGCCUACUACGAGCAGAGGGUCCUGGAGCUGCAGAACGAGCUCCGCCAGGCGCGCAACAUCCUCACCAACAGCCAGUCGGAGAACGAGCGGCUCAACACCAUCGCCCAGGAGCUGCGAGAGGUAGGAGGCCAAACGGCACAACCCCCCCGCUGCUGUGACGGGACGAGGCCGCUGACGGUGGAGGCUUGA